AUGGCCACUAUAUCUGUACAACGACACAUGCUUGUUUUUAAUAGAAAUGUUCUACGAAUUCGUCGGAUGAGUAUUCUGCUCCAUCAUGUACCACUUUAUUUGUCUGUUAUUUAUCCUAUGACAUUCUAUUUUUUUGCAAUAAUUAUAUAUCCAUGUGACGGUACUCAAUGGGAUUACACUAGCAAUAUUUGUGGUACAGCUCCUUGUUAUCUUGUAUUUGAUAAAGUUCUAGGUACAUUUGAUUGGUCAAUCAAUAAUGGUUUGCCUAUGAUGAUCAUUGCAUUAGCUAAUAUUGUGCUCAUUGUAAGAGUAAUAAAACAAAAACGUGAACAACAUCAACCAUUGCCAUGGAAAAAACAACGACGUUUAACAUUACAAUUGCUUGGUAUUUCAAGUCUUUAUUUAAUUGCAUGGAUGCCAUGUCUUGUUGUAGCACUUGUACAAAUACUUGGCUAUCCUACCUUUCUUGCUCAAAUUCAAACGGACUAUUUACUCUUUUUCAUGUCUUUCAUAAUUCUUUUUCUUCCUUGGAUAUAUCUUGGCUUAUUACCAGGUCUAUUUCUAUGGAUUAAGAUAUUAUGCCAUUGUAUAAAACCACGCAAUUCCGUAGGGACUAUAGCACAAACUCAAUUGAUAACAAGAGCACGAGUUGCCGUAAAUUAA